CAAGAUGCAGCGAUGCAGCUACCCUUGAGUACCGAUGGAGCUGAAGCUGCUGUCAGAUGGCACUUCGCCUCAGUAAUAUAGCUAUGGCAAAAACUACCACUGGUCAAAUAGUGAAUCUCCUGUCAAAUGAUGUGAACAAAUUUGAUCAGGUAACGAUUUUCUUGCACUUCUUGUGGGCUGGACCAAUUCAAGCUAUAGCAGUAACAGUACUUCUCUGGAUGGAAAUAGGCCCAUCAUGCCUUGCAGGAAUGGCAGUUCUCAUUAUUCUUCUGCCUGUACAGACCUGCAUUGGGAGACUUUUUUCUUCUCUAAGAAGCAAGACAGCUGCCUUUACAGAUGUCAGGAUUAGGACCAUGAAUGAAGUCAUAAGCGGUAUGAAGAUAAUAAAGAUGUAUGCUUGGGAAAAAUCAUUUGCAGAACUUGUGAAUGGUUUAAGAAGGAAGGAGAUUGCCAUGGUUAUGAAAAGCUCCUACCUUCGAGGAUUGAACUUAGCCUCUUUCUUUGUGGCAAGCAAAAUAACAGUGUUCAUGACUUUCAUGGCAUAUGUACUGCUUGGCAAUGUUAUCUCUGCAAGUCGGGUGUUUGUUGCAGUGUCGCUGUAUGGUGCAGUAAGACUGACAGUAACGCUCUUCUUCCCUGCGGCUGUUGAGAGAGUAUCCGAGGCAGUGGUUAGCAUACGACGAAUCAAGAACUUUCUGAUACUUGAUGAGGUUUCACACUUCAAGCCACAACUGCAUGGUGGUAAUGAGAACGUCAUUCUUCAUGUUCAGGAUUUGACCUGCUAUUGGGAUAAGAGUUUAGAAAGCCCAGCACUUCAACAACUUUCAUUUACUGUCAGACGAGGAGAAUUAUUGGCUGUGAUUGGUCCAGUAGGAGCUGGAAAAUCUUCACUCUUAAGUGCUGUGCUUGGUGAGCUGCCUAAAGACAAAGGACUGAUAAAUGUUUCUGGAAGAAUUGCCUAUGUUUCUCAGCAGCCCUGGGUGUUUUCUGGUACAGUAAGAAGUAAUAUACUGUUUGAUAAGGAAUACGAGAAAGAAAAAUAUGAAAAAGUUCUAAAAGCCUGUGCUCUUAAAAAGGACAUGGAAUUAUUAGCCAAUGGUGACUUAACAGUAAUAGGAGAUCGUGGAGCUACGCUGAGUGGGGGACAGAAGGCUCGUGUAAAUCUGGCCAGAGCUGUAUAUCAAGAUGCAGACAUCUAUCUUUUGGAUGAUCCACUGAGUGCGGUAGAUGCUGAAGUUGGGAGACACUUGUUUGAAAAGUGUAUUUGUCAGGCCUUACAUCAAAAGGUCUCUGUUUUAGUGACUCACCAGUUGCAAUAUCUCCGUGCUGCAACUCAGAUUCUAAUCUUAAAAGAUGGUAAAAUGAUGGGGAAAGGUACCUAUUCAGAGUUCCUGAGAUCUGGCAUCGACUUUGCUUCCCUUUUGAAAAAAGAUGAGGAGCGAGAGCAGCCAUCAGUUCCAAGCACCCCCAAUCUGAAGGCCUCAAGGAACCGUACCUUUUCUGAGUCCUCUGUCUGGUCCCAGGAUUCUUCUGUCCACUCACAGAAGGAUGGAGCAGUGGAGCAGCCACCCGCUGAAAGUGCACUGGCUGCAAUGCCGGAGGAGAGUCGCUCUGAAGGAAAAAUAAACUUUAAGGUUUACAGAAAAUAUUUCACUGCAGGAGCAAACUACUUUGUAAUUUUUAUACUUCUACUAUUCAAUAUUUUGGCACAGGUGGCAUACGUGCUCCAGGAUUGGUGGCUUUCUUACUGGGCGAAUAAUCAGGAGAAAUUGAAUGUCACAACAAAUGGAAAUAAUGGAAUAAAUGAGACUGAACAUCUAGACCUUAACUUUUAUUUAGAAAUAUAUGCAGGUUUAACGGUGGCUACGAUACUGUUUGGCAUAAUAAGAAGUCUUCUGGUGUUUCAAGUUCUUGUUAAUUCUGGUCAGACUUUGCACAACAAAAUGUUUCAAUCCAUUUUGAAAGCUCCUGUGUUGUUUUUUGACAGAAAUCCUAUAGGAAGAAUCUUAAAUCGUUUCUCCAAAGAUAUUGGCCAUCUGGAUGACUUGCUUCCAUUGACGUUUUUGGACUUCAUGCAGACUCUCCUUCAGAUUUUUGGUGUGGUGGCUGUGGCUGUGGCAGUGAUUCCCUGGAUACUCAUCCCCUUAAUUCCACUAUUUAUUCUUUUCAUUUUUCUUCGACGAUAUUUCUUAGACACUUCAAGAGAUAUUAAACGUCUGGAAUCCACAACUCGAAGUCCAGUGUUCUCCCACUUGUCAUCAUCCCUUCAGGGACUUUGGACUAUACGGGCUUUGAAAGCAGAGGAAAGAUUUCAAAAGUUAUUUGAUGCACACCAAGACCUCCACUCAGAGGCCUGGUUUCUAUUUCUGACAACCUCGAGGUGGUUUGCUGUGCGUCUGGAUGCCAUCUGUGCCAUUUUUGUUAUAGUGGUUGCCUUUGGUUCCCUGCUUCUCGCCAAGACUUUGAAUGCAGGGCAGGUUGGUUUGGCGCUAUCCUAUGCAAUCACUCUCAUGGGAAUGUUCCAGUGGGGUGUUAGACAAAGUGCUGAAGUUGAAAACCUGAUGAUAUCAGUAGAAAGAGUGAUGGAAUACACAGAGCUUGAAAAAGAAGCUCCUUGGGAGACUGACAAGCAUCCACCACCUGAUUGGCCAAGCCAAGGAAUGAUAGCAUUUGAAAAUGUUAACUUUACUUACAGUUUAGAUGGACCUUUGGUGUUAAGACAUUUGUCUGUUUUAAUUAAACCAAAAGAAAAGGUUGGAAUUGUGGGAAGAACGGGAGCUGGAAAAAGCUCUCUGAUAGCGGCCCUCUUUCGAUUGGCUGAACCUGAAGGAAGGAUUUGGAUUGAUAAGUACUUGACAUCAGAGCUAGGACUCCAUGACUUGCGGAAGAAAAUUUCAAUUAUACCUCAGGAGCCUGUUUUAUUCACUGGAACUAUGAGGAAAAAUUUAGAUCCUUUCAACGAAUAUACGGAUGAAGAGCUGUGGAAUGUCUUGGAAGAGGUGCAAUUGAAGGAGGUUGUGGAAGAUCUACCUAAUAAAAUGGAGACACAGCUGGCAGAAUCUGGGUCUAAUUUUAGUGUUGGUCAGAGGCAGCUGGUGUGUCUUGCCAGAGCAGUUCUAAAAAAAAAUCGGAUCCUUAUCAUUGAUGAAGCAACAGCAAAUGUGGACCCAAGAACAGAUGAGUUCAUUCAAAAGACUAUCCGAGAAAAGUUUGCUCAGUGCACAGUGCUAACCAUCGCACACCGCUUGAACACCAUUAUUGACAGCGACAAGAUUAUGGUUUUAGAUGCAGGAAGAUUAAAAGAAUAUGAUGAGCCUUACAUUCUACUACAAGAAAAAGAUGGUUUGUUUUACAAAAUGGUGCAACAAGUGGGCAAGACUGAAGCAGCUUCUCUGAUUGAAACAGCAAAACGGGUUUACUUCAGUAAGAAUUAUCCAGAAGUUGUUCAGAAUGGCCAGCUUGCCAUGGACUCCUCCUUGGAUCCUUCCUCAGGAGUAUGCGUCACCGAAACUGCGCUGUGAUUCCUGACAACCGCAGUUGUUUUCCAGAGAACGUAAACCUGAGAUCAUCUAAACUCAGUGACUGGUGAUGUUUGAAAGUUUCAGCAGGGGAGCAGAAGAAGUAGGCAGGGGGCGAUUCUUUGCACUGGACAUCCUUUCUAUUUAACACUGAGAAGAAAUGUUUUUCUGUGCCUGUUUCUUUAAUUUCAGUGCAAUACAUGUUUUCCUUUCCAACUAAGUAUGUUUUUAUUGCUAAGGAAAUUAGACAGACUAAGUUUUUAUUUGAAAAUUAUGUGGUAGAGAUCUCUUUUAUUUAAACAGGUGCAGGACACCUAACAGAUCUAGGGUGCAUUUUUGGAGCUUAUUAAAAAAUUGAAAUGUAUCCUUUUUCUCUUUUGGAAAUAUUGUGAGAGCAAGCAAAAACAAAAUUUGUUCAGUGUCACUUUAACACACUAACUACAUCUGAACAGCAGAUUUGGUAGUCUACAACUUUAGUUGUCUAAUGCAACUGUCUUUAUACCUAUCUUGUAGUUCGGCAGAAACAAGAAUUGAACAAGCCAAAAAAACUUUUCUUUUUGAUAGCAAAAAGUGCUAUAUACUUAUUUUUUGAUAAAUAAUUCAAAUAAUGCUGUCCAAGAUGAAUGUAAAUAUUGCUUUAUUAUGCUGAAAAAUCAAUAUCAAUCUUCUAUACUUAAGAAGAAAAUUACCACAUUUGCACUGAGGAAAUAUUUAAAUAAUUUAACAUACAUUCCUUUUUUUAUCCACGUUAUCAAAGAAAAAAGUAUUAAAAUAACUUGAGGAAACGUUUGAAUGACAUGUCAUUAUACCUAAAUACCAUGUAGUACAAAGUUAUCUUCAGCACAACACAUUGAAAUGUAUACAUUAUUUGCAUUUAUUGUGCCUUAAUAUUUGUGCCUUCAAGCCAAAGCUAUAACUGCAGGGUAGACAACAAAUUCAUUACAUAUACUUCACAAAUAUUUAACCUUAGUAUAUUUAAAAUUUUGCGUGAGGGGUUCUCUUGAGCUCAAGCUGUUUGAAGUUACCAUCCUACUGAAAGAGGUAGGAAAGUACAAGCUGUAGUUUUGAAUGGCUGGUAGUGAGAAGGAUGCAGUGAGAGAGAGAGAGAUUCUGCGUUCAUAUGUUAUGUCCUGAUUCAGCAAAGCACUUUAAUGUAAAGACACAAUUCCCAUGCUUAAAAGCAAGCAAGUGCUAUGCUGCUUCAGAUUUUUUCCUGUUUAGUGAGAUACGUACUCUUUGAGGCCCAAUGCAGAAUAAAUCUUGCUGUUUAAAUGGCACAGGAAAGACUAGAAAGUAACAGAUCUUUUCAGGACACAGAAAAUACUGUACUUUUCAAAAAAUAUUGAAGAUGCUCGCUAUCGCUGCUGUAAGAUAAAUAUUGUUUACCCAGUGAAAAAGUGGUCUAAAUCUAAGGCAGACUCCACUGCUUCUCAUUCCAAGCAGUUCUACCAGCAAAUAACUGAUUCAAAUACAAAAUUUCUCUUUCCUUAUUGGGAAGUAAACUGAGGCCAAAACCUGUGCCUCAGAAUAAGGGCUGACCUAGGUGGUCUUUGUCCUGCACAGAAACCCGGUCCAGUGGCGAGAGGCAGAAGCUUCAUUUCCCUCAGGCAGCACCUUUCCUGUGGCAGGGCUCACAGUCCUGCCGCGAAAUACCAGGAGAGAGGCGAGUACCUCUUGCUGCUCACGCUUCCCCAGUUUCUCUCUGUCCCCUUCAGUUUGAAGAGGGAUGCGGAUGCCGCAGAGCUGAGGCGCAG